GUGGGCGACCCGCUGGCUACGAUCAGCCCAGUCGAGAAGUCGGGGUGGACCUGCUCAAGCUGUUCCCCCCGCCGAGGCCCCCCGACAUCAGGAGUUGCGAUGGCCGCCCUCAGAGCCGCGAGGGAGGCAGGCAUGCCAGGCGAGCCCGCUGCGACUUCAACGAUGCGGUGGGCGCCUUGACUUGGUUCGCGAACCGAGAACGCAAAAGCGCCAAGCCAAAUUCUGACCAGCAGAGGGUGCACGCGCGGAUCCUCGACCUCGUGGCGGACAGCAUGCCGCCCCUGGAGACCGCGAUCCCCUCGCCGCGGGCGGCCUUCAACGAGCUGCUGCACGGCCGGAGUGUCUACGACGAGUCGGCCGGGCGGAACGUCGGGCGUCUUCGCAAUGCGGGGCAGAUAUCUUUACCUGAGACCGCGGUGGAGGGACCACGGCCGUUGGAGAUCGCACCUGCCCAUGCGCGCCAGUACCUCGAGCGGCGCGAGGAGGUCGGAGUUUUCUUCGUCGCCAAGAAGAGCGACCAGCUCCGCGUGAUCGUGGGCGCGCGGAGGAGCAACCUCCACUUCACUUCCCCUCCGGGCGUGGCACUGGCCACCGCCGAGGGGCCCACGCGGGUGGAGGUGGAGCUCGACGGCGACGGCGUGACCAGUGCGGCGGAGGGCUUCGCGUUGGGGACGUCUGACAUCAGCGACGCCUUCCACCGCUUCCGCAUCGAUCGCGAGCUGCCGGGCUACUGCUGCACGCGGCCGGUGCUCGCCGGCGAGGCGGGGCUGGCUGGCGCCAGGCUGGGCGGCCGUCGUCUGGAGGCCGACGCCCGGCUGGUGCCGGCCUGCGCCGCGCUGCCCAUGGGCUCCACUGGGUCGCUGUUCUUCUGCCAGGAGGUGGGGGAGGCGAUGAUGAGCGACACUCGCGAGCUUGCGGGGGUCCACCGGAUGAGUAGCCGGGGCCCCACCGCGGCGCUGCAGCCGGCCAGGCCGCUGGACCAUGGCGGAGGAGCGCAGUGCACCUACGUCGACAACCUGGGCGUCAUGGGCUUUGACCCCGCCGCGGUGGCGGACUGCCUGGGCGCCACCGCGACCCGGUUCAACCAGGGCCGCGGGGAGACGCUGGGCUGCGUGCUGGACGGCAAGGCGCUGAGCACUCGCCUCACGGUGGUGAUCGGGCACUGCACGUACUGCGCUAUGUGCAACCGCGACUUGCUGCCUGCGUUCGCCGCCGUCUACAAGGUCAUCGCUGCGAACUACAGCCAGGGCGCCGCGCUGUGGGCUAGCGCUCGUGCGGAGCUCGUGGCCUUCCGAGGCCCGAUGCCGCUGCUGUGCGGCGACUGGGCCCUUCCCUGGAGCGAGUUGGUGCGCCUGUCCGACGCCUCGGAGCACGGGUGCGCGGUGAGUGCCUCCCUCUUAAGAGAAGCGGAGGUGAAGAAGAUCGGGCGGGUGCAGGAGCGAUCUCGCUUCCGUCGCCUGGGCGGCCACUCGGCGCGGGCCCACUUCUUCGCCAUGAAUGGGAUCGCCAUGGCCCUCGGCGGGGCUCUCAAGCCGGUGUCCGAGCUGGAGGAGGGUGACGUCGUCGCGGACGGUGCCGAGUGGGGUGCGAAUCCAGCUUUCGAGGAGAUGCCGGCGGGGAUCUUCGCGGGCGCCCGCUGGACCGAGCUAGUCGCCCGAGGGUGGCAUAAUACGGCAGAAGAUAUUUUAGCAUACGAGUCGCGUGCUCUGCUUCGAGCUGCUGAGAUGCAGCGCAGCCUGUCGCCGAGUGUCGGCGAGCACCUUGUCGUGAUGAAUGACAACCUGCCUGCAGUGCUCUGCUUCGAGAGGAGGAGAGCGAAAAUCUUUGUCGUCCUGUCCUGCAUCAGAAGGGCUGUGGCGCUAUUCCUGGCCCUGAACAAGCGGCUGCAUGCACGGCGGGUUCCCAGCGAGUUCAACCCAAGCGAUGAGGGAUCCCGGCUGUUCGACCCCAAGUACGACCCCUCGAAGGCCCUAGUAAACUCCUGGGAGAUGGGUGACUACGACGGCGAGCACAUGAGCACCAUCAUAAAGCACAUGAGCGUCAUCGCACAGCACAUGAAGCGGAGCAUCAUAGAGCAAAUGAAGCGGAGCAUCAUAGAGCACAUGAACCGCGGA